AUGGGAAACGUGUUCGGCAAUUUAUUCAAAGGCCUCUUCGGCAAGAAGGAAAUGCGCAUUUUGAUGGUCGGAUUGGAUGCGGCCGGAAAGACGACAAUCCUGUACAAGCUGAAGCUCGGAGAGAUUGUCACUACGAUCCCAACCAUCGGUGAGUUAUUCGAAUGAUUGCGAAAUACGGACGGAGAAACCGCUCUCGGAAUAUAAAAUGCAUUGAUUUUUCGGUUGUCAUUUUUCUUACUCGAGUUUUUAGGAUUCAACGUCGAAACUGUCGAAUACAAGAACAUCUCGUUCACUGUCUGGGAUGUCGGAGGUCAGGACAAGAUCCGUCCGCUGUGGAGGCAUUACUUCCAGAACACGCAAGGUCAGCCGUCCUUCUUUCUGUCGUCGACGGUUUGCAGAUGGGCUUAUCACCCGUCUCUAGACCCUCUUAUCAUCCUUCUCAACCUCUUUGAUUUCCCUUUUCAAUCUUUUCAAUCGCCUUCUUACAGGUCUCAUCUUCGUCGUCGAUUCAAACGAUCGUGAGCGUGUCGGAGAGGCUCGCGAAGAGCUGAUGCGAAUGCUCGCAGAGGAUGAGCUCCGUGACGCUGUUCUCCUCGUGUUCGCUAACAAGCAGGAUCUGCCACAGGCCAUGAACGCCGCGGAAGUGACCGACAAGCUCGGCCUCCACUCACUGAGAAACAGAUCGUGGUACAUUCAGGUAAGGAAUUGUAGAACAAAUGCGAUCCUGAAGGGGUAAAGAAUCAUAGACGGCGCAUAGCGGAGAAAGAAUGAAAGAGUGCCUCUCCAAAAAAGGAAAUGAGCCACAUUUUAUGAGUCAUUUGAUGGGAUUGCACCGUAUGAGACGCCGGCAGAUGCUUUGAAGGGCGGCCGCUUCAUUCUUGAGAUAAUUGGGUUCUGUUGAAAUGAAUGAUUUGUACAGCUGGCACCUUGAUUUUUAGUUUUCUUGCUUCAAUGUUAUUCUUCAGGCAACGUGCGCCACCUCGGGAGACGGACUGUACGAGGGACUCGAUUGGCUCAGCAACCAACUCAAGAACCGAUCUUAA